GCCAUGCCUGUCCUUUCACCCACCACAGGUCUACAUGAGAUGCUGGCACUGCUCACGUCACAGCUUCUCCCUGGUGCCAACCACAAAGAAGAUCUGGUGUUCCUCCGGGAGGUUUUCAGUGAAAGGAGUCUUGGAUACCUGAUGAGAAUCCAUGAGCGUCUGAGGCAGUAUGAGCAGCAGGGUCCGACUCCCGUGCUUCACAGCGCCGCCUUCCUAGCAGAGGACGUGGCUGAAGAGCUGCAGAGUGGGCAAAUGGAAGCAGAUGAAAAGGAGCUGUUCAUGCUUCUGACCACCCCUCAUGUGAAGGCUGUGCUAACAGUGCACGACACAGUAGCACAGAAGAACUUUGACCCUGUUCUACCCCCACUGCCUGAUGAUUUGGAUGAUGAGCUGGAGGAGGAUUCAGUCAAAAUUGUUCGUCUGGUGAAGAGCAAGGAGCCUCUGGGGGCAACCAUCCGCAGGAACGAAGUCACUGGUGCAGUGGUGAUCGCUAGGAUCAUGAAGGGUGGGGCUGCUGACCGCAGUGGGUUGGUUCAUGUGGGUGAUGAGCUGAGGGAAAUCAACGGACACCUGAUCAUCCACAAAAAGCCUAACGAGAUUAGUCAGAUGCUGUCUCAGUCUCAGGGCUCUAUAACUCUGAAGAUCAUCCCGGCAAUCAAUGAGGAGGACAGACACAAGGAGAGUACGGUCUUCUUAAGGGCACUUUUCGACUACACCCCAUUUGACGACAAGGCCACACCCUGCCAGGAGGCAGGACUUCCAUUCCAGCGAGGUGACAUCCUGCAGGUGGUGAGUCAGGACGACCCCACAUGGUGGCAGGCCAAACGCGUCGGUGAUAGCAACCUGCGCGCUGGCCUUAUCCCCUCCAAAAACUUCCAGCAGAGGCGGUUGGCACACAGGAUGAAAACGGGCACUUAUCAGAGUCUUAAGUCACCAAAUGCUCAACACUAUGACCAGGCUUGUGAUGAAGAGAAUUGUUACUGUGAGGGCAGUGGACAGCACACAGUUUCUCCAAAGAGUAAGGCGGUUGCACCCACCUGUAGCCAAGCCUUCUCCUGGGAGUUCUACUCAGCAAGUCUAAGGAGAAGUCUACGUUUGAAUCGCAAACAAAGGCAAAGCUCCCCUGGUAGCUCUCGUCAGGAAGAGUCUGGAGAAACUGAGCCGCUGGUCUAUGAAGAAGUAAUGCUUUAUCAGCAGCCUUCAGACAAACCCAGACUGGUGGUGUUAAUAGGAUCUCUGGGUGCUCGGAUCAAUGAACUGAAACAAAGGGUGGUUGCUGAGAACCCUUAUCGCUAUGGAGUUGCUGUGCCACACACCACUCGAUCCAGGAAGAGCCACGAAAAAGAGGGCAUCGAGUACCACUUUAUCUCCAAACAGACCUUUGAGGCAGACAUCCAGAGUAACAAGUUUAUUGAGCAUGGAGAAUAUAAUGAUAACCAGUACGGGACAAGCCUGGAGUCUAUUCGGAGUGUACUGGUCAGAAACAAGAUGUGUCUGGUUGAUGUUCAGCCUGAGGCUUUAAACAUUCUUCGAACUGCAGAGUUUAGACCAUUUGUGAUCUUUGUCAAGCCUUACAUCUCUGAGAGUCACCUGCAUCUCAGCAUCGCAAUGUCUUCCACAGGAGUCGACAAUGGGUACCACACGGAGGAAGAAAUCCAGAUGAUGUACAAUUCAGCAAAACAGCUGGAGCAACAGUACGGCCACCUGGUGGACAGAGUCCUCCUGAAAGAGGACAUUACCAGUGCCUGUUUGGAGCUCAGACACAUACUUGAACAACUGGAGAGAGAACCACAAUGGGUGCCAGUUAGCUGGGUCAGAACCUGACCCCUCACUUAGUCUCUGACCGGAUACUGAGAGACUGUCAGCUUCUGUUUUAAUCAUAAAAGUGCUUCUAAGUGCAUUGUAGCUGUGAUUGUGAAGGCUUUUGGUUCACAAGACCUGCAUGAAUCAAAGUCAGUACAACUCGGCUGUUUCAGGCAGGAUAAGAUGGACAACAAAA